AUAUAUGAUUGUAUAAUUCUAACCAUGUGAUCGAAACUUACAAUUAAAAAAGUAUACUUACACAGAUAAUUUCUUCGUUCAUAGAAAUAUAAUUAUAUAAAUGUAUAAAACAGUUACAAUAAUAAAAAAAAAUUAUAGGAACGCAUCAAUUUUAUUACGAGGAAUAAGUAUUAUGACACAGAAUAAUCCAAUAGAACUUUCAAUAAAAAAAAAAUUGAUAGAUUCUUUAAAUCCAUCUUAUAUCGAAGUAAUAAAUGAAUCAUAUAUGCACAAUGUUCCUAAAGGAUCUGAAACGCAUUUCAAAAUAAUCGUCGUUUCUGAUUUAUUCAAAGAUAAACCACUUAUUAAGCGUCAUCGAAUGGUAAAUGAAUUAUUACAAGCAGAAUUACAAGGAGGUGUGCAUGCAUUAUCAAUUAUAGCGAAGACAUCUGAUCAAUGGAAAGACAAAUGUAAUAUAUCACCAAGUCCAGUUUGUAGAGGUGGUUUUGGAAGAUGAAUUUUUGUUAUGUACAU